ACAAAUGAAAAUUUGUUGACAACCGGUAACGCGCAGUAAGAUAAAUUGCGCAUUUUUCAAAUGACAUAAAAGUCGGUUUCUUUGCUUCGAAACAUCUCCAUUCUUCUCCAAAAGCGUUUACCCAGUUAACCAAGUUCCGAAUCACACCUGAGUCUGCUUUCAAGCACGCCUCGAGUAUGAAGAAACUUCAUCGCUUUACGAUUUCCUUCGCGGUCUUUGCGAUCAUCGGAAGUUUGGCUCAUCCAGUAAAAGGUGAAGAGGAAGUGGCUGGUGGUGCUUCGGUAACACGUGAACAAGGUUCGCUCGACGCUGCCAAGGAUGCGUGUAUCAAUUCAAUACGAGAAACGUUCGGUGACAUGGUGAUGCUCCAUGCGUUCAAUCACUUAAGCGGUGACCGAGACACUUAUCUUCUGGGAUUACACAACCUGGUCAGAGACGGACUCCGAGCUACAACUAACCUCAUGGAUGAGGUACGAGAUGGUAAGGAUCCCAUAAAUGUAGAAAACGGUGGGCUGAUUCUUUUACCACCCCGUCAUGUGUUAUGCGACCAAACGAUUGCUACAAAAUUAGGCCAAAUCGUCAACAUGUACUCGCUCGACCUUUUGAGGAAAACACUAAAUGUGCAAGUAUCUUCAACAAGGACUCCAGAAGUCAUCCGGUUGUAAAGGACUCAUUAAAAUUCAAUGAACGAAAAUCUCAGCGACAGAAGUAAGAAAUAAAAAACAUUCGUCUAGCUGGUGCAACAUUUUUGAAUGAUUGAACAGAAAAAUGUGAAAAAUAUUAUUUUGUUAUUUAAGAUCAAUAAAAAUCGCAUUCCACUUCAA